CUGUCCUUCUAAACCCUCAUUGUAGCCUUUCUUCCCCCCUUAUUAUGCUACAUCACUUUCUGCUUCUUUCCCUCUUUAGACUUCUAAGUAAACCCUUCAUUUUUAACCCUUCAAUCUUCAUCAAAUACUUGAAACCCUAAUGAUCAGUCUAUUUUCCUUAGAUUUUUACCCUAUUUUCACCCAACAAAUAAUGUUUCUUAUCCCGAUAUAGCCCAGAAGUUUGCAGGGGUACCACUUUCAGCUAGUCUCGUCGCAAUCUCUCUCUCUCUAUUAGUUUCUUAUGAUGCAGUUCACUGAAACACUUCCACCACCACUCCAUCAGACCACUAAACCAUGCCAGAACUUCGCUACUUCUGUGAACCCCAACCAAACCCAUCGAACCAGACCCUGGCCGGGGUUUCCAGCGCCUAAUAAGCCGCUGGGAACCUUUGGUGACGCUAACUGCAUGGAGCAGUUGCUGGUUCGUUGUGCUAAUGCUAUUGAAACCAAUGAUGCAACUCUUUCUCAACAGAUUUUGUGGGUUCUCAACAACAUAGCACCUUCAGAUGGUGAUUCGAAUCAAAGACUCACUUGUGGGUUUCUUCGUGCCUUGAUUGCUCGAGCUGCUAAAACUGGAACUUGUAAGAUGCUUACGGCUGCUCUUUCUAAUUCAAACAUCACCAUCCAAACGCAUAAGUUUUCGAUUAUUGAGCUCGCGAGUUUUGUCGACUUGACGCCAUGGCAUCGGUUUGGUUUCACGGCGGCCAACGCCGCCAUACUUGAAGCGGUGGAGGGUUACUCCACCGUUCACAUCAUCGAUUUGAGUUUGACACAUUGCAUGCAAAUCCCUACUUUGAUUGACGCCAUGGCUGGGAAAUUGGAAGGUCCCCCGGUGGUCAAACUGACGAUAGCCGGAGCCACGGAGGACGUCCCUCCGAUGCUGGAUCUUUCUUACGAAGAACUAGGGAUUAAGUUGGUGAACUUUGCUCGUUCACGAAACAUAAUCUUGGAGUUCACAGUGAUUCCUUCAAGUUCGUUGGAUGGAUUCUCUUCGUUAAUCGAACAUCUAAAGCUUCAAACUCUAGUUCAUGGAAACGAGACUAACGAAGCACUCGUAAUAAACUGUCACAUGAUGCUCCAUUACAUCCCAGAAGAAACACCCACAACUCCAUUUUCAUUCGAAGAUGCAACCCCAAGAGCUUUAUUCUUGAAACAAAUCCGAAGUUUAAAUCCAACCCUAGUAGUUUUAGCCGAUGAAGACGCCGAUUUCACAUCAACUAACUUGGUUUGCAGAUUAAGGUCAGCUUUUAAUUACUUAUGGAUUCCAUACGACAUAGUGGACACAUUUUUACCAAAAGGAAGCAAGCAAAGGCAGUGGUAUGAAGCAGAUAUCUGUUGGAAGAUAGAGAAUGUGAUAGCCCAAGAAGGUUCGCAUCGAGUGGAGCGGCUCGAGCCAAGAAGUCGAUGGGUGCACCGAAUGAGAAACACGGGGUUUCGUGGGGUUGGGUUCGGUGAAGAUAUGGUGGCUGAAGUGAAGGGGAUGUUGGAUGAACAUGCAGCUGGAUGGGGGCUGAAGAAGGAAGAAGAUGAUCUUGUUCUUACUUGGAAAGGACAUAAUGUGGUGUUUGCAACUGCUUGGGUACCAACCUAAUUUAAAAUGACUCAUAAUUAAUCUUUUUCUUUAAUUAAUUUGUGAUUUUGGUAACUAGAUUUAAUCUUACUACUUAGCUACAUCCCUUUUUUUGGCUUUUUGAUGUUAAUUAAGUUGGUAGCUUGUCAAUUCAAGAAGCUUGGUGACUGUGUUUUUAGGCUAAUAAUUAACAUAUUUUAAU